UUGCCAAGCAGCCGCAGUACAACGAAGCCAGCCAUGCAAUGCCUAUGGUUGAUAAACCGGCUGCACGUUCCGUACAGCUGCAGCAUGGAGUACUAUGUGCGCAGUGUAUGGUUUGCAGUGGCACGGAGCUUCGCGAAAUCUGGUUCACCCAUUACGCAGGAAGAUGAUGAACGACACGCUUCACAGAAUUCUCUUAGCAGGAAUACUGACAACAGUACCGCAUCGUGUGGCGCGAGGCGGGAGUGUGGGACAGCCGCUGACAACAGUGCAGCGUGCCGCGUUGGCGGUGCAGCAGGCCGAGGCCAACAUGACCGACAACGUCGUCAUCCUGCCCUCCUUCAACUACGCGUCCCAUCCGGCUAAUAUCGUCCGGGUCCCGUUGGGAGUCACGGCGACCUUUUCUUGUUAUUCCGUUUUCGCGGAACGGGUUAUCUGGCGGCACAACAACAUCACCAUCCAAGGCCACGUUACGAAACACUCCCCGAAAGGUCACUACUACCGGCUGACGUCCAGCCUGAACACCUCCCAACUCCUCAUCCACAAUAUGACCCGCGACGCCGCCGGGUCGGUGGAGUGUCUCCUGUCCUGCCAUAACGACACUGACCUUUGCGUACUCCGCCAGUUCGAGCUGCAGCUGCAACUGCGCGUUGAAGACGUCUUCACGGAGCCCAUGCGCAAUGUGUCCACGCCGCUGUGGAGCUUCUCCAUGAAGUGUAGCGGGUUCGUCGACUGCAGCCAGACGGGUGCCCAAGCGCACUUUAUCUGGAAGUUCGACGACCGCUUCUUGACGGCGCCCUAUCGCUACCUGCGGACCAUCGCCCAAAAGUCACAUGUAGAUGGUCUGCUGUCCACUAGGAUCAGCUAUCCCGUUACAGAAAAAGGAGAUCCCGUCUGCAGCAGCACGCUGACCAUCCGCCUGACCGAGGUGGUCAGCAACCGGUCGGCGCGGGUGGACUGCUGGCUGCGCACCGAUGUGCGCCGCCACGAAUGGUUCGUCCAGUCGGCCUAUGUCCAUUUCUCGCCCUUCGCUGCACUAGAUGAUACCGAUUUGUAGAUACAGACAGCAGCAGCACCUUCUCUGCCAGUCGCUUAUCGUCAUCAGGAGCUCCUGCGUCUUCCCUUCUGGUUUCAACUAGCUGACUGAUUACUUAAAGAGGAUCACUUUAAUUUUCAUUUCGUUGAUGGCGGUGUUUACUAGUGCAUCCGUUUUACUGUCUGCUCAUACGUAGGUUUAUCGUCGGUUACCCAACGGCCCCAUUCUGUUAUUCUUUGCUUUUCCAUCCGGUGGUAGAUUAAUUAUACUGUAGCUUUCACCAAAAAACUUUGCUUUAUACCUUUGCUGUAGUCGUUGUGCCGUUUUCUGUAUCCGUAGUCGUCC